AGAUGGCAACAAAGCGACAUCUGCUUUGGCCCAAAGAAGCAGAAGAAGACAGGCGCUCGGAUGAGCACCGAAUUCAUCGAUCAUUUGGCGCACGCGCUCACCGCACGCGUGACUACACGGUGUUGUCCCUGACAGUCCCGCAUGAACCUGCAGACAUGACGGACCACGCGGAGGAGCAGCGGAACGAGCUGGAGGCCAUCGAGUCCAUCUACCCGGACUCCUUUACAGUGCUCUCUGAGAACCCCACUACCUUCACCAUCACUGUGACCUCUGACAUAGGGGAAGAUGGCAAGACUGUGGAAGCAACAUUAAAGUUCACCUAUACAGAGAAGUACCCCGAUGAGCCCCCAUUGUUGGAGAUUUAUUCACAGGAAAACCUGGAGGACAGAGACGUUGAGGAACUUCUGCUGUUGCUUGAACAGCAGGCUGAGGCCAACCUUGGCAUGGUUAUGAUCUUCACCCUGGUGACGGCUGUGCAGGAGCGACUCAAUGAAAUUGUGGAUUUGAUGAAGAACAGGUGGGAGGAGGAGAAACGGCAGAAGGAAAAGGAGGCUGAGGAAGCAGAGAAGGUAGCCUUUCAUGGAACAGUUGUCACCAUUGAGAAUUUCCUGGCAUGGAAAGCUAGGUUUGAGCUGGAGAUGGCUGAGCUCCGGAGAAAAAAACAGAAAGAAGAAGAGCAGAGUGGAAAAGCCAAAGUCACAGGUAAGCAGCUUUUUGAGAGGGAUCACAACCUGGACACGUCUGACAUUCAGUUCCUGGAAGAUGCUGGAAAUAAUGUGGAGGUGGACGAGUCGCUAUUCCAGGAAAUGGAGGACCUGGACUUGGAAGAAGACGACCCCAGCUUUGCUCCUUUGGAGAUUGGCAGUGAUGAGGACUGAAUGCAGGACCUCAAUGGACUGUGAGAACCAAUGAUGCUACCAACCAUGGUUUUCUUGACUAGUUUCUAUGAACUUCUGCAGACAGCCAUGGUUUCAAUUCUGUGCCCAAAACAUUAAACUUUGCAGUGAAAUCCCACCUGAAAACUGCUGCUGAAAACUCCUUCAAUUCAGGUUGGGGAAGAAAGACAAAAUGUGUAAUGUAAUGACAACAGACACACCUGUAAUAUUGAAUUAAAAUAGUGUUUGAAAACAAAUGAAAGUGGGGAUGGUAGUGUGCAUGGGAGUGUCCUUUGUUAAAAUUCUACUAGCAGUUACCUACAGGUAUAAAAGUGGAGAACAGGAUUGAAAGGUUCAUCAUUUCAGGUUAACAGAACCAGAACCAUGAAGCGGAUAACUGUUGUCUCCAGGUGGACUGGAGGAACAUGAGGGGCAGCUAAUGGCCUGUUCAGACAAAAAUGAAAUGCUGGAAGCUUCCAAGACUCGAGGGAUAGUGGGUGCGGGGUGAGGGUUCUCUGACCCCACACAGUGAGCAGGUGGGCGUUGGGGUGUAACAGAACAUUGAUUCAGUCAAAUAUGCGGAGCCACAUUUAAUUGUGAUGGUUUUUUUCCUAUGCUGAAAGUUUUUUAGGUGGGAAAUUCUGACAAUGACGAGUUUUGAAAAAAUAUUUUCCAAAGCACCGUCUAUUCGCUUGGUUAAAAGCAACUUGUAUGUGAGAUAUAGUUGCAGUGGUUAAUGUUCUGAUCAUUAAAUAAAAUGAAUUUUACUAUUUUAA